GACCGCAUUAUUUUCUUCGCGUGGGUGAAUCGUUUUUUGUGUUGUCUUUUUGAGAAGUGACGGAUUAUUCUUAUCUGCCUGGUAGACACAAUGCCAGCUUUCAUCAUUCAGACCCAUGAGGAUUAAACACAUGUUAUAGCACUGUUACAUCGCAGAGCGAAAUAUGAAGCAUCGACACUAAUAUGAUAGUGUGAAACUGUUGGAUUUUAGAAUCACGAAUACAUUCCAUUUAACAGUACUUAUCGCUUUGUACACAGAGUAGUUAGAUAAUGGACUAUGAUUCGUACAAAUGUUUCUUGUAGGGGAUGGGAGGUAUUUAGUAGCAUGGGGCUCACAAUAAUCGCAUUUUUGUUUAGUUUACUCGACGUCUGCAAAUGAAUAGGAAUAUUUAUAAAGCAUACAGGUGGGACGUAACUAUGGCGGGGUUUAGCCAGGUGUCUGAAAUAUGCCGCGGUUCUCAGCUUUUUUAACGCUAAUCUUCACAAUACAAAUAUUUAGCUUAAAAUCGGCCAUUCAGUCGUUUCGCAGGAUCAACGCAAUUUUUAUCUGAAGCGAAACUUUACGAAGGUCACAGUUUUGGCCGACGGACGUGUAACGAGAGAAAGUGCGGAUAUUCAUUUCUAGUCGUGUGUCGCGCCAAACAUUAUUAGUGUCCAGUGUCUUGGCGGUUCGUUUACAGAGAGCACGUAGUAAACAACACUUGGCUAUAAAAGCAGAACAAGCUUAAACUUAAGACAUUUCCUUCAUUGAGUCGCGACAUGAAGACUUCGUGCUCGAUAUCGAUCAUUUUAGUUGCGUUGUUACUCAGCGCACCUAUUUUCACCUUGUGUUCACAUUCCCAUAAGUUGAAGCGCAGUCAUGGUCUGCCUUUGGAACUACUGGAGAAGACACAACCAAGAGAUUUUUUAAUUGAUGGAAUUGCCAGGCGUCCUCUGAGCCCCGAAUCAAAGAUACAACCGAAACAUAUCGAUGACUGUGAUGAAGAACCCGUGAAGCCAACAGGGCGUGAUUUGAGUGAGAGGAGGCUGAGCAAGAAACUCGGGGGCUCGAUCGAUGAGCGUUUUUUGUCAGUUUCCAAGCCCGCCCAUAUGUCAGAUAGUCCGCAAGUGGAACGAGUUUCAUUGCGAGGCAUCACGACCUCAGAAAAAGACUUUCUCAGGCAGGUCAUCAGAAACGAGACUGUUCCUUCAAUGGGAGGCAAGGUGCCCAUCUUUAUGGAAAGGUUUCUUAUGAAAUGGCUAAUUCACAAAUCUGACUGUCCAGUGGAACAUACGUGGACAGACCAGGGUAUCUGUUAUUGGCCAAGAUGGAUCUCGAUGGGUCGCUGCAUAGCCAAGCAGUGUUCAUGGCCUCAGGGAAUGUCGUGUGUGGCGUCUGAUCCAAUCGACGUGUACCUAUUGCGAUGGAACUGCCGUACGAACCGAAACAGAAGGAAAGGAAAGAAGACUGGGACUCCUGCUGCAGACGUAACGUGUCGGUGGUUAAAAUUUAAGCGUUCUGUAAUUAAUGAUUGUUAUUGUAAGUGCGAUUCUGCUAGAGCUGAUUAAAGAUAGUUUUUCGUGGCUCCGUUGAAUCAAAGUUUAAAAGCAGGCCAAACAAAGUGUGCACAAAAGUUCCAACGAAUACGAUACUUCGUUAACUUAGAUCGUUUAAAACCGUCAAGUUCUUAAUCAUGUCAAAGACGAUGAUGAAGAAUAUUAAUGAAAACAAACAAAAAAACGGAAACCCGAUCGAUUUUGGAUGGGAGGGGACUUUCGUUGUGUAGCAAUAACGUUGCAUUCGUAAUCAUUUUAUGUUUUAUUUUUAACCUCAAAAGGUUUGUUUUGCAAACCGACAUAUCGAGCGUUCAGAAUCGCAAUUCACUUCGUUUACUGCAUGUUGUCUUUAGUCUUUUUUUCCUUCUUUACCGUAAGGAUUGGUUCGCCGAUGUUUACUUAUAUCUCCAGUAGGGUCCAGUAGUCAAAUUGAAGCCUGUUAGGACUUGUUUGAUAUUGUUUAUAAUAAUAUAAUCAUUAUAUUAUUAUAUUAUAUAUAUUGUCAUUAUAUUGACGGGGGAAACAAGCAUUGAUGACUAGUCAUAGUCAUGUGUAGAGCUUUCUCCUUUGUGAUUUUUUUACAUAUCAUGUAGAUAUAUCCUUUCCAGAUUAGUUUGCCAUUCCCUGGCGGUAAUAAGCUCAGCUUGUAUUAUUCUAUGUGCCAAGUUCACAGGUAGGCUAAGCAAAUAGACUGGGAUAAGCUUAGAAUUGGCAUUAUUUGACCCCAAGUUUAUACUUUUGUUGCUUCACGAUCAAGUACGUCGUGAAAGAGAUGUCCGGCGUCUUUUUUAUUUGUUCGCAUUAAUGAAAUUUCUUUGGGAAAUUGCAGCUAAACUACCUGUGGUCUAUUCUUCUUUAACAGUCUCCUGAGCAUGGACGCAAAGAAAAUUCUUUUAAAAUUGCAGUUAGAGCGGGAAAGAGGCUGUAUGUUUAUCUUCUCAAGCGGAACACCCUGUCUCGUCCCAGUCUUUUUUCGCUCAAAGCUCCAUCUCGGGAGAUUAAUCAGACUAAGAACAGUUCAAUCUCUUAUGUUUGACAAAGGAUUUAAAGGCUUUAUAUCAAUUUCCUUUAGAGCUAAGUAUUACAGAAUAGGCGAAAGAAUGCCAAUUAUAACCUUAAGCAGUACGUUACUGUGCUAAGGGUUGGGUGAGUGGUGUAUAGAUGUACACGGUUGGCUUUCGUUUGCUAAAUAAAGGAAAAAAGAAAAUCG